UGAACAGGAUUUGCAGUUUCCAAACCAGAUAUGAUCUACCAGAUGGAAAGAAAGGAAUCAUCUUGGAUGCCAGAGGCAGAUAUUCAAAGAAGCAGCUUUCCAGAGAGCAGAGAAUUUACUGGAGAUAAACCUCCUGAAUGUAAUGAACGUGGGAAGGCCUUCAGGAGUAACUCACAACUUACAGUGCAUCACAGAAUUCGUAUUGGAGAUAUUUUUACGAAUGUAAGGAGUGUGAGAAAGCUUUUCUCUACAACUCAGAAUUUGUUCAUCAUAAAAGAAUUCAUAAAAGACAGAAACCUUAUGAAUGUAGUGAAAUGUGGACAGGCCUUCAGAAGUAAGGGAUAUCACACUGAGUAUCAGAAAAUUCAUGCUGGAGACUUUCUUUAUGAAUGUAAGGAGUGUGGGAAGGGUUUCCUCAACAACUCAGGUCUUACUCAACAUCAAAAAAUUCAUAGUGAAGAGAAACCUUAUGAAUGUUGUGAAUGUAUGGAGGCCUUCAGAAGUAAGACACUACUUUCUGUGCACCAGAGGAUUCAUACUGGAGAGAUGCUUUAUAAAUGUAAGGUGUGUGGGGAAGCUUUUCUUUACAACUCAGAACUUAUUCGCCAUCAAAGAGUUCACACUGGAGAGGAACCUUAUGAAUGUUGUGAAUGUGGGAAGGCCUUCAGGAUUAAGACACAACUUACUCUGCAUCAGAAAAUUCAUAUUGGAGAUAUUCUUUUUGAAUGGAAGGAGUGUGGGAAGGAUUUCCCAUAUAACUCAGGACUUAUUUGACACCAAACAAUUCGCACUGUAGAGAAAUCUUAUCAGUGUACUGUAUGUGGCAAGAACUUCAUGAGUAAGUCACAGCUUACUGUGUAUCAGAGAAUUCAUACUGGAGAGAAAACUUAGGAAUGUAGUCAAUGUCAGAAGGCUUUCAGGACAAAGACACAUAUUACUGUAUGUUAGAAAAUUCACAUCGGAGACAUUCUUUAUAAGUGUAAGGAGUGUGGAAAGGCCAUCCCCUACAGCUCAUAUCUUACUUGACAUCAAAGUGUUCAUAUUGGAAAGAGACCUUAUAAAUGUAAUAAAUGUGGGAAGAUCUUGA